AUGGCACCGAAUGCGCUCCAGAAAGCCCUCCGUCUUGUUUUCGUGGCUCCCUUCGAGCUCAGCGCCUCUCUCGCACUGGCAAUUGUCCAUGGCCUCGUCCCGAGGAGCCGACCAGACGAGACAUGGACACUCCGCCAGGCCUUUACCAUCGCCAUGUUCCGGGGCUUGAUCCGGCAAAUAUCAGCCUUGCAGAGACCGGCGGGGCUGAAUUUGAGACCUGGAAGUGAAGGAGACCGGUUCGUGGUGAUGUCUCCUGUCAGUCAAGAGCUGUACAGGGGACCGAUGGAAGAUCCUCUCAUUACGCCCGGUCAGGUCGGGGCUACCUGGACGCCAAAGCCCCUGAAGAGCCCGACGUCGCUGAACCAAAAAUGGGGAAGUGACUUGCUCGUGGUGAUGCAUCUACACGGCGGAGCCUAUGUUGUGGGCGACGGACGAGACAACGACACAGGCUUCACGGCAAAGACACUCCUGUCGCACAUGGGCUGCUCGCACGUCUUCACACCACAAUACAGACUCUCCAGCAAUCCUCGGGGCCGCUUCCCUGCGGCCCUGCAAGACGCGCUCUCGUCGUAUGUCUAUCUACUCCAUCAUCUCCAGAUCCCACCGUCGCAGAUCGUGCUGAGCGGCGACUCUGCCGGCGCAAACCUCGCCCUUGGGCUCCUCCGAUACAUCAGCGAAUUUGGUACCGAACUCGACCUGCCGUGGCCUGGGGCUGUGACGCUGUGGUCUCCGUGGAGCGAUGUUUCCAUUGCUCUGGACCCUGCAAAGAUUACACAGUCUCCCAACUACCGGUCUGACUACCUGGACCCCUCGUUCCCAUGCUGGGGUGCGUAUGCGUUGAUUGGAGAUGGACAAGUCGGUAUGACGGACCCUUACAUCUCGCCGCCGUAUAAGCCCUUCAAGAUUGAGGCCCCGGUAUGGGUACAUACAGGGGGCAGAGAGGUCUUGUUCCACGAUAACCUUCGACUAGUCGACGAGUUUCGGAGGGCGGGAACGUCUAUUGAGUGGGUUAUUGCGGAGCACUGCCCACACGACAUCAUUUUGGUGGGGAAGAGCAUGGGGUUUGAGGAGGAGGCGGCAGAAGGCUCGCGCAAGGCCGGCGAGUUUGUGAGACUCAAUCAACGAAAUAGAGCUUCUCUGGCAGGUAAGUAA